AUGGUGCCCCUUCUUCCUGUUGCGAGAGGUUUCUUUUCCGCGUUCGCAAAAAGGAAGAAAGGCGCAAUUCUCCCCAAGUGGCUCAACAACUAUCAUAGUCAGAUAAGCUAUGUGGACACCCCUGCGAAAAGACCAUCACUAGUAGUUACUGAAAGAUGCGUAAAAAAUGUGUUGAAUGGAUUUCCAUGGCUAUACUCAAAAGACGUAAAAAACGCAGAUGAAUUAACCCUGUACAGUCCAUGCAUAGUUAAUAUAAAAAAUGAAUAUGACGAACAGUUGGGGGUAGGAAUAUACAAUAAAAACUCUGUAAUCGCAUCGAGGGUGUUAAGUACUAAUGUAAAUGACUGCUUAAAUGAAGAAUUUUUUACGUCUCGAAUUGAAAAGGCAUAUAAAAAAAGGCUGGAGUUAUUUCCCAACGAUAAUUUCUUUCGUGUUGUUAAUGCAGAAAGUGAUUUUCUACCUGGAGUUAUUAUUGACAAAUAUGACAAACUAUUAUGUGUACAAAUAAAUGCCAGUGGAAUGGACAUCGUUUUGCAUUAUAUCCUGAAAAGCAUAGAGCAGGUAUUGAACCCAGAAAUCAUAAUCCUAAAAAAUGAUAAUAAAAUAAGGAAGCUAGAAAAACUGCCCCUAAAAAAAGAGGUGUAUAAAGGUAUAUACAAUGCACCGAUCGAAGUGAGAGAAAAUGGAUUAACCUUCUUUGUGGAUGUUUUAAAAGGUCAAAAGACGGGAUGGUAUUAUGACCAACGAUUUAAUCGUGCAAUGCUUAUUGGCUACUGUAAGAAUAGGAGGGUACUUGAUUUAUUUUCUUAUGUUGGUUCCUUUGGAAUUACGUUAGCUUACUAUGGCGCGAAGGAAGUGACUUGCGUUGAUUCGUCCUACGGUGCUAUUCAGUAUGGGAUUAAAGCGGCGCAUUACAACGGUGUUAUGUAUAAGACCAAUUUUGUGCAUUCCUGUGUUAAGAAAUUUCUUAACGUUUGUCUGCACGCUCAGGUGGGGUUUUCCUCCGGCCCCAUUGACGGGGCAGAAGUACAAUGCAGAGACCACCUUCUUGAACGGAGGGAAUCGGGAUAUCCGAAAUUGUCAUGCCAAAAAAACAGCGCAUACAGUUCCCCUAUUUCUAGCCAGUUGGAUCACCCCCCCAAUGGGGAUAUCACUAACCUGAGCAGUUCAGAGAAUCACAUCCACGCCAGCGUACCCCCCUCUGCGCAAGGCGGGGAGAAGCUCCUUUCGGAUGUUGAAAAUAUAUUCAUAUAUGGAAAGAGCAAAGUCAACACGACGGACAUAGAGGACGUAGAAAAUUUACUGAUUAAAACUAAUAGGGAUGAAUUUUUUAGAAAAAAAUACGACGUCAUAUUGGUUGACCCCCCAGCCCUAGCACGUAACAAUUAUUUACUGCCUGCUGCCUUAAAAAUUUACCAGAAACUUUUGUACAUAUCGUUUCGUAUUGUGCAGAAGCCUGGGUACGUGUUUGUCUCCAGUUGUAACAAACUAGUUGGGUAUGAGGAGCUGCUCGUGUGCAUACGGAGGUCUCUACAUUGGUCCAAGUGCGAAGGCACCAUAAUAGGUGAGGGCCGCAUUAGCGCGGAUCACCCCGUGCACGUGUCGCUGCCCGAGACGAGGUACCUAACGUCAGUCCUCCUGAUGGUUAGCUAG